UUUCGCUGAUUUUGUGCUUGUUCUUGCUUUCCGCCAGCCAGUGCUACGGUGCACCAGGCAGGGCCCGCACUUCAAGAAUUAUGGGAGGUUCGCUAGCUGCAGAGGGCGAAUUCCCUUUUAUGAUGAACCUCCUAUACUACGGUAAUUUUAUGUGUGGUGGAUCCAUCCUGAGUGAAAACUGGGCGCUGUCAUCUGGUUUCUGUACAACCGGAGCCACCCUGGAGGCCUUGUUUGUCCAUGCAGGCUCCACCACGUAUGGUCCCGAAACUGGUGUGGUGGUGGGAGUGAACGCAACCAUCUUUCACGAGAACUUUGAUGAAUGGUCCUACUGGAACGACAUCUGCCUGCUCAAGUUGAUUCAGCCGCUGACCUUCUCGUCGACCAUACAGCCGGUCUCCCUGCCGGCGCCGGGACAGCAGACAGCCGCCGGCACCAUAGCAACCGUGGUCGGCUGGGGAUCCGUCGAUUAUACCACGGUCGUCGUCAGUGACCUGCAUAAAGUUGACGUCCCCGUGUGGUCAGACGAGGACUGCCAGGCGACCUACGACUACUAUGUCUACUCUGUGAGGGAGAACAAUAUCUGUGCUGGAGAAGAGGGCAAAGGGAAAUGUGGGCUGGAUUCAGGAGAUCCUCUUUUGGUGAACGGGCAGCUGGUGGGAAUCGCCUCCUGGGAUGGUUACGAGUGUGCCACUGCAGACUCACCGGGAGUCUAUACUGAAGUUUCCUACUUCGUCGACUGGAUCAAUCAGAACGCAGUGUGACGAGGAGAGAUGUACCUGAAUUUUUUCAUACUAUAAACAAGCGUUACCACACUACUUCACUCACCAAAAAUAAAAACUCAUUCAUCAUCCUGUGGUACAUUUACUUCAGUCAGUGCCUCUAACGUAUAAAGAUUAGUUACUUUCAAAUUCCCAGUAAAACACUAAUCGGUUAGACGAUGAUGUAAACUCCAAAUAGAUGGCUGCAUAACUGCAAGACAACUGUGAAAAUGCCUUUCACAUUUUCUAGAACAACGAAGCUGAUGUCAUCUCUCAUUUCCAUAAAGAACAAUAACGAGACAAAAUUAAUGUACCAGCACAAGAAUCCAAGUGACAAUUACCUGAGAUUAACUUUUUCACUACAUUGUCAACGUCUAGACGUGUCCCAUUCCUCUAGCACAGUUGAGAGCAAAUGCGGUACAUGUAAUUACGAACGUGGAUAAAAC